AGCCGCAUUUUCUCACCUGACAGGUACGUUUUAGCUUAAAGUUUAGAUUAAGACACGAACAAACACACGUAAACAAAGUUUAACGAAGUUUUUAGCGAUGUGAACAGACUAAAACCAGGAACUUUUCUAGGAUUGCUGAAUCUGAAAAUGGCUUCUUUAGACAGAAGGAGUCAUUAGAAACAGCAAGGCUGUUGUUAUUGUUGCUGGAUACUGACUCUUAAGAAAUAAAUCAAAUUGGACUUUCACAAUGGCUGACCAAGGAGGCACAGUGGGUCGUUUGAAUGAUUUAGAGGUUUCAAAACCUGAUGAUUCAAAUGAAAAACCAAAAACAGCCGAAGGUCAAAAGCCACAAGACAGUGACACCACUGAAGGGGAGAGAACCGAGACUACAGAUGAAGAAGAAGAAGAUGAUGAAGACGAAGAGGAGGAGGAGGAGGAAAUGGCAAAAUCAGCACAUUUUGAGGCGACCACUUUACCGUAUCCUGGAGAUUUAAACAAGAAGCUGCAGUUGGAACAGAAAGAAGAUCUAUUUGGGUCUGAGGAGAGGGACACUGGGAUCAGUCAGGGGGAGAGUCAGGAUCUCUCAGAGGAGCGAAGCCAAGAGGAGGUUGAUGGUAGGAACAAGUGGAGAGAGAGCAUGCCUGAGGGUGAAAGGUGGAGGGACGACGAGAUUGAGCUGCAGAGGCACAGCAAAGAGGACGGUUCACUCGCAGACGAUGAGCAUGAGGACGAUGAGGAGGAAGCGGAUACAGUAUGGAUUUCAGAGAAACCUUCUAUGGGUUUCACCCCACAUGUCAUGAUUGUGUGUCCAAAUGCCAAGGAGCAGCCGGAGGAGAACCGGGACCUCGGGGAGCAGGUGGUGGAGAGGCAGGUGCCGAUGGAGUAUGACCCUGCUGCACAGUUCAGCUCUGAGUGGGAAGAUCAACCGGACGAGUACUAUGUGUGCGGGGGUGUUUGCAGUGAGAAGCUAGGGCUGGUUUUAUCCACGGUGGCUGGAGCGCUCCUCUUCCCCCUGCUGGUAUGGGCUGGAUAUGCCCUGCUUCCUUUUGACUACCCACAUCUGGAGAGUCCCCCCCUCAGAGUCCUAUACACGCUCCGCUGCUCCUUUUUUGCCAUCAUCCCAAUCAUCCUUGGUGUGAUGGUCCAGGGAAUUGCACGGCUGCGCUUCAGCGCUCUGAAGCCCCUCUAUCAGGGCAACCUGGUGAACAAGGAAGUGAUGGUUCACUGGCACUACGUCAACGAGUCGCUGUCUCUCUUCCUUUUCUACUUCCUGCAGCUUGCUGUCAUGGGAACCUACAUCAGCCAGGACUUGGUUAAGCUGGUGCCUCUGCUCAGCAUCAUAUUUGUUUUCGGCAGGCUCAUCUACUGGCUCUGCCUCUCUCUGGAAAGCAGCAUCAGGGGCUUUGGCUUCGGCUUCUCCUUCUUCCCCAUACUGGUGAUGCUGGGCGCCAACCUCUACUUCGUGUGCGCGUCUGUCGGACAGGGCUCGGUCUUCGAUGUGGCGCCGCCCGCGACGCCUCCGCCACCCAGGCUCCGCUGGUGGUUUUAGAAAGAGCUGAGAUCCAAAACGGGGUGAGAGAAGAAGCUACAGCAACUUGAGUAACCCUCAGGAAACACGAGUCACUCAGGCGGAUCUCACUGUUAGUUUAUUAUGUUGUAAUUGUUAAGAUUUGUGGAGACACUAAGGUCUUUUCAGUAAAACUGUGCGCAGUUGAGGUGCAUGUUUACAAGAAAUGGAACAGAAAACAAAUCAGCUCAGGUUGGAUAAAUAAACACUAAUGACUCCUGUCAACAGGAGCUUCUGUUCAACACAAGGACCUUAUAUAGUUAAACUACUGAUUUUG